CUGAAAGAUGUGUCGAUAUUCCAGAUCCUUUAAAUCCUUCCAAGCAAGUAAUUGUAGACUGUCCACCUACCGUGAAUAGUGACGCUUAUGUUAAGCGUCAGACCACCAAUUUCUUUGAAGUAACUCAUACUUGUUCUGCUACUGCAGCCUUGUGUAAUAAUAUCAGAGAGGCCUUUAAUGACGCUGGAAAUGAAAUAUCAAAAGUAUUGAAGUUAAAACAGAUAAUCAAAGUAAAUGCUACUUUUACAGACCUUUCUAAUCCACUUUUAUUAGGUGCUGCCGGUCCUGCACGAUAUAUACCACUGACCUCGGAUGAUAAGAUCAUAAGGCGUUAUUCUCAACCUCUUGUAAAACAAUUUUCCUUAAGUGUACAUCCUGAAUAUGAUGAUUACGAUAUUAUUGCAAGUUUUAAUACAG